CCGAGUCGGGACUGGAUCUACCGCGCUGAUUCCUCUUCGGUAUUUGAAAACACGGUUCGGUUCGAACCCUCGUGAAUGGAUUCGACUUGUUUCAGCACAGCACAACGCCGGUCCUGUCAGAUAAUGAAUCCGGAUUUGUUUAAGUCCCCUCAGGAGCGCGUUCAGCCCCCGGCGGCGGCGGCGGUGCUCAAACCGAGUCGGAGCAAGUGCGAACAGACCAAAGUUGAGCUGCCUCAGGUGCUGCUGGAUGCUAAAUCUGGGCGGUCGUAUUCUAAAGGAAAGCUUCUGGGAAAGGGGGGUUUCGCUCGCUGUUACGAGAUGACCGAUCUGGCCAGUAACAAGAUGUAUGCUGUGAAGGUGAUCCCACAAAGCAGGGUGUCCAAACCACAUCAAAGAGACAAGAUAACGAACGAAAUCGAGCUCCAUAAGACCCUUCAGCACAAGCACGUGGUCAAGUUCUCGCAUCAUUUCGAAGACCAGGACAACAUCUACAUCUUCCUCGAGCUCUGCAGCAGAAAGUCUUUGGCACACAUUUGGAAAGCGCGACACACCCUUACUGACCCUGAAGUGCGUUACUACCUCAGGCAAAUCAUUUCUGGCCUCAAAUACCUCCACAACAAAGGCAUCCUUCAUCGGGACCUCAAACUCGGCAAUUUCUUUGUAAAUGAGAACAUGGAUUUGAGACUGGGAGACUUCGGACUGGCGGCAAAGCUUGAGACUGUUGAACAAAGGAAAAAGACCAUCUGUGGAACACCAAACUACCUGGCACCAGAAGUACUGAAUCGUCAAGGGCAUGGGACGGAGUCGGAUGUUUGGUCGCUGGGGUGUGUAAUGUACACACUUUUGUGCGGAAGCCCACCUUUCGAAACCUUAGACCUUAAAGAGACGUACAAAUGCAUCAAGGAAGUCAAGUACACCCUUCCAUCGACGCUCUCGGUGCCGGCGCAGAAGUUAAUCUCGGCGAUUCUCCAGAAGAACCCCAGCGAUCGGCUAACGCUAGACCAGAUUCUGGCUCACGAGUACUUCAAGAGCUACACUCCGGACAAACUUCCUGUCAGCGCUUGUGUAAUGGUGCCCGAGCUCAACCCGCCCAGCCCGGCCAAGAAGUUCUUCACCAAGAUGGCCAAGAGCCUCUUCGGGAAGAAGAAAUCCAAAGCAGAGAAGAACACCAGCGAGGAGAAAGAGGACAUCUCCAAACUCGUCUCUGGCAUGGUCAAGCACUCCAUCAGCCGGCAGAUCAGCUACAAGACGGUUGGAGUGAACGAGGUUGCCUCUCCGGCAGGUCAGCUGGCCGUUACUGGACCGUUGGACACCCCAGCCGAGGAAGAAUCUAGAAAGUCAACGUCUUUCAAAGGCACUGUGGCCAGCAGCACCGACGCAUGUGAAGACACUCUGACACCAGCGUCUGUGGCAGAAGCAGCCAUGAAAGUCCUCAACACCUGCUUAUCCACAAUGCCGACAGCAUCCAAGAACGCCCCAUGUCUCUCAAAGCCCAAGCCUUUCGUCUGGGUGACCAAAUGGGUGGACUACUCCAACAAAUACGGCUUCGGCUACCAGCUCUCCAACCAGAACGUCGGCGUCCUCUUCAACGAAGGCACCCAUCUCAGCUUGUGCGACAAGCGCAAAGUCGUCCAUUACUGUCUGACCAACAACAAACACUUCACCUUCCAAGCCGACACACUACCCGAACAGCUUCACAACCAGAAACACAUCGUGGAGCUGAUGGCCAACUACAUGGAGCAGAAUCUUAUGGAGGGUGGAAAUCUGGGCAGUGAUGAGCCACCUUCUUCUACUGACUGUCCACUGCUCCUGCAAUGGAUGAAGACCGACCAUGCCUUAGUCAUGCUUUUCAACAAUGGUUCCUUACAGGUCAACUUCUACACGGACCACACCAAGGUGAUCCUCUCCAAGCAGUCGGACUCGUACCUGUUGACCUACAUCGGCCGGGACCGCGCCUCCUCCUCGUACGCUCUGACCGCCCUCGGCGAGCACGGCUGCUCACCCGAACUGCGCCAGCGCCUCAAUUACGUCGUACAGCUCCUUCAGCACUACGCCAGACCGUAAACGAACCACAAACAAGGACUUAGACUGAAACCACGACAGGGCUCCUAGCUACUAAAUGUCUCCUGUCCGGUCCUGGGCCGAAUUCCGGCCUCCUCAGACUCGCGGUGCACCGAUUUUGGAUUCGUUUCCUUUUUUAUUUUUUUUCCUAACUCACUGACACUAAGAUCUCAACUUCACCACACAAUAAAGUGACCAGGAGAUAAAGAGAACACCCCUGAUUAGGAGGAUUUAUUUUUUCUGGUACCGUUUUGUUCACCAGCCUUCACAUUUCUUCGGACGCCGGUUCAUAGCGCUGGUAAUUUAUGGUUCUUUUUUUUUUUA